UUUUACUGAAAGGUCGCGACCAUUCGACAGCACUCGACCGACAAUAAUGGGCGGCGAGGACGCAGCCAAGCGGCAUCGGAAAUGGAUACAGCUGAUGGGAGAAGCGGUCAAAGCUGACGGAUGGGGCCAAGUUCUUGAAGCGGUGGAGGCGUAUGAAAAGGCGGCGGAAGUGAUUCUGGCCGACCUCCCGACCAUGGGGCUCACCGACGACCAACAAGACAUAGCAGAAAAGGUUGUCGUGACAAUGAACUUGCGGGCCACGGGCUUGAGCUCCGUGGAUGGCAGCCCGCGCCCGAACAAAGAUGACAUGGAUGUGCUGCUCCAAGUAUUGAACAGCGUUACGCGAAAGGUUCCGCGAGUAUUUCCGCUAGACUUGGCCGAGUUGGCGCCAAUUCCAGCGCCCGUCGCUCGUGAUUCGCUGCCAUUGCGGGAGGAGCCGCAGCACGCCGCCAAAGCGUCCAAGCGCCGCCACAGCAGCAAGGGCGACGUAACGGACAAAGCAGACGACGACACGCCCCAUGUGGUGACGAUAUUGAUUCAAAAGAUCGGGCUCAAAGACGUCGAGCGGUAUGUCGACCCGCAGAUCGUCGUGUCGGUCGUGGACAAGGACUUGGUGGUCGUCGAGGAGAAGCAGGACACGUCGAUAGCUGUGGGGCGGGUGGCGCCGUACAUAAUGUUUGACUCGGCCAUCGAGUUGCGCACGCACUUGCACGUGUUGCGCCAAAACGAUAGCACCAUCUACUUUGAGUUUGUCCAUUACAAGAAGGCCAAACGCAAGAAAAGCGUGCGGUGCUGGGCGAUGCUCGAAAUGGACGAAAUCAAAGCUGGGGGCGGCCCACUGGCGCUGGAGUUGUACACCAAGCCGUGCGACGUGGCCAAGAAGCGCGUGCAUUUGUUCACGGUGAAACCGCUCUAUUUGCACGUGGACAUUCGACUGGAACCCGUGCCUCAAGCCUAAACAAUAAUACGAAUGGCGAGUUUGAGCCAGCCAGGUUAAAGAUGUCGAAUACUACCACACACCACAAUGGA